AUGAUAGAUAAUUGUUUAUCUUCUUGUUAAAUAACUUAUAAUGGACUCACUAUAUUAGAUUAUGCCAAGAGUGCAAUAGAAUAUUUUGUAAAAAAGAGAACAAAGAAUCCAGAAAAUAAGUAUGAUUAAUACCAUCUUUUUUCGUCAAAGUAAUUUUUAGUUCCUUACAUAUUGUCUAUAGUUCUUCAAUCUCAACAUGGACAAAUGACGUAUGCCAUUUUUUACAAAAACUCAAAACCAUUCAACCAUAGUUCGAAACUAACUUCAAUUUGGAUGAGUGUUUCCACAAUUUAAACAAAUUUAGAACUUUAAAUGGUUAUUUAUAUAUAUAAUUAAAUACAGGCACUGACAAUCUUUAUGGAGGGAGAGAUGUCUUGAAAAUUGAAUCAGCCAUCAUAUUUGUUUUCACUAACAGAGAAUACGUUGGACCUGCUUUCCAUUAAUUGAUAAGGUGGGACUAUAGACUUCUUGCAUUUUUGUUACAACCUCCUGGAAUCGAGGAAAACAAUGCCAUUUCUAUUUCAACAAACUGGCAUCACCUUGCUUCAUCUGUAGGUUAAGGAGUGUGUUUCGAAAUUCAAGAUUAUAACAUUUUAUUUUAAAUCUUAGAUGAUCCAAAAUUAACCCCACCUUAAAUAUCUCUUCAAUUAAAUCUUUUAGAUUAAUAAAAUAAAAAUGAUGAAAUUUUAUCAAUCUUUGAAAAAACAAAGAUUGAUUAAUUAUCAAGUCAGCCUUCUUAUUUGGUGAGAUCUCCUUAAAAACCAAAUUAAUCUUUUGCUUCUAUCCGUUUAAAAUGUUAACCAAAUAUGACAAUAUUCACAAAAGUAUAUUUACCUGAAUAAUUUCCGUUUUCAGAUUUCAACGUACACAAUUUAAUUUAUCAAAUAGAAUUAUCCAUCUUACCCUGAGUAUUAUGUUGAUUUUAAUGUAUCCUUUAAAGCAAAAUUGCCUCAAUAAUUGCCUUAUUAAGAAAUAUUCAUUGAAAAUGCUUAGUUGUUGAAAUUUAUUCAGGGUAUCUCUACGACAAAAGGCAAAAUAUUAUAAUUCCCAAUAUUUUGUUAUGAAAGAAAAGAAGAACUAAAAGUUCAAUAUUUAGUUGGAUUGUUUUUAUUUUAACAGAAUUCAAUAACCAUGGAAUUACGAUUGUAUUAUCUCUAUAAUUCAAUAUCUUAGUUACUUUCCUAAUUUCUUAAAUUAUUAUGAACUCCUCAUGUAAUGUGGUAAUUCUACAGAUGAAACAAGAAGAUUUGCAGAAUAAAAGUUUUUGCAAUAUCUUUCUACAAUUCCAAAUUAUUAUGCUCCAUGCAUCAGAAAGAAUCAAAAUGAAUUAAACAUAUAAGUAAAUCGAUUUUAAUUUGUUUUAGAUUCAAAGAUAAUUGAUAUUUUUGAUAGAUGAACAAAAUUAAUAAUUGUACAUGCAGAAAGUGAAGACACAUUAGGCCAAAAUUCAAAAGAUCAAAAAAUAAGUGGAUGAUGAAAAUUAUAAGAAUAGAUAAUUACAUAUCUCGAGAAAAUGCCUAUGUUGUGCAGCAUUCAGUGAAAAUUAUUAAAUCAGAUUCCAAGAUUAGAUCAAUUGUGAAUUCAGAUAAGUAAUAUAGUUCUAAAAGGAUUACAACUUUUAAAGAUUUAUUCCGCAACAGGAAGUGCAAUCCUGCUUGCCUUAAAUGCCCAUUAUCUCGCCUACUCUACGAAAUAUAUACUUGGAUUCUGAUGAAAUGGAGAUUAGAUUAGAACCUCAAUUUUGUGGAAAUCCAUGGAAAUUACAAAGGAAAACUUAUAGGGAUGGUGUAGAAAUAAAAGUUUAUUAUUAAAAUUAACAAUUAGAAUGAGUAGGAAGAUUUACAAUUAGAAGAUAUGAUGCUAACGAAAAUGGAUUCUGAAAAGAAAUCAUAAACUAAAAAUAGACGAAAAGGAUUUAUGAGGUUAAAGGAUAUUCAAAAUUGUAAUCAUAAAUAAGUUCACAUUGAAUAAUAAGAAAUGGAAAUAGAAGAAAAUCAAACUGAAUCAUAAUCAUAGGGCAAAUAAGGUUCAGUCAAAUUCAAUCCUCUUUUUUAAGUAAUUAUUUCUUACAUAUAGGCUAAAUUUAAAUUGAUUGUCCUAACCAAAUUGAAUAAUUCUGUAUCCACAAACAAUUGA